CGGGCGUGGGGCAGGCCCAUUUUGCACCAGUAUAAAAAGGUCGGACUGACCUUCAGACCGGCAAUUUUAGCGACCCUUGCUAAACAUGCAGCUCGUUCGCAGCAGCAGCCUGUUGCUUCUCGUUUGCAUCUUUGCUCUCGCAGCAAAUAAUGCAUCUGCAUCGGUGCGAAACAGGCGAGUCAUUGGGGGAACCCCAGCCGCGGAGGGGGAAGCCGCAUAUUCAGCUUCUCUGCAAAAUUUGGCAGGCGAGCAUUUUUGUGGUGGAGUCGUCGUUGGAAAAAGAACUGUACUAACAACAGCGAUCUGUGCUUUACAUCUGAAUGCCAGCGAAAUUCGAGUGAAGGUUGGAUCAGUCGACCUGAGCAAAGCUACUGAGCUUACCGUUUCGCGAGCGACUGUCCAUCCUGAUUUUGUACUGAAAGGAAAAUUUCCAGUAAAUGACCUGGCCGCCCUCAGGAUCGAGCCAGAGAUCAACUUUAAUGACGGGAAAAUCAAGGCUGUCGCUCUGCCCACGAAUGGACAAAAAACUAUCCAAGGAGAGGUUGUCUCUCUUUCUGGCUGGGGCGCCUCAAAGAUAAAUGGUUCAGCAUCGCCAAUUUUGAUGACAAUUAAAAUCAGAGUUGUCAGCCGGGAGCAUUGUGCUAGAGAGCACAUGAACCUCCUGAAAGAACUCCCAGAAAACCAAAUUUGCGCUGGUGUUGAGGACGGCAACAAAGAUGCCUGCGCGAUGGAUGGUGGAGCUGGACUGGUUUUGGAAGACCUGCUCCUUGGACUGGCUUCGUGGGGCCAGGGUUGUGGACAAAAACCUGGUGUUUACACUGAGCUCGCUCCUUACAGAUUCUGGAUUGACGACCAGCUAUGAUUCAAAAUAUAAUUUACGGGAGGAAAUUUGUGACACCUGUAUGUCCUUACAAUGAAUAAAGCAAUUUGGUUUA